AUGGGGGAAACCAUCUCCGAUCGCCGCUUCAAGGACAUCUGUGUGCAAGGUUUCUCCGAGGACUACAAGGACAUCAAGAUGGUGGUUUUCCGCGACCCAUCAUUCGGCGUACAACAGGUGCAAGCCACCAUGCGCAACAAUUUCCUUGACGAGCAAAUGCGCAAGAGAACCAAGGGCCAAAUCGCUGGCCGCGGAUUCACCAUGGCUACCAAGACAUCUGGCCCCAUCUGCUUCGAGUGCAACGAACCGGGACAUGUCAGGAGGAACUGUCCCGUACGAGGAGCACAGAAGGCGACCGCGGCGGAGGCGAGCGAAAAUCCGCGGGGGAGAAACAAUGGCAGGAGCAGUGGUCCAAUGCGCUGGGGUUUAUGGGUGGAAAAGUAG